UUGGCUGGACGGGACAUGGCCUGGUGGCCGAUUGGGUCAUCGCUCUUUGCCAGUUCAGAGGGCUCUGGUCUGUUCAUUGGGCUAGCUGGGACUGGAGCAGCCGGAGGCAUCGCUGUAGCAGGCUUUGAAUGGAAUGCCACCUAUGUGUUACUAGCGCUGGCCUGGGUGUUUGUCCCUGUCUAUGUCUCCUCAGGGAUCGUAACGAUGCCAGAGUACCUGGGCCAGCGGUUUGGUGGAGAAAGGAUUCGUACCUAUCUGUCUGUCCUCUCACUGCUGCUCUCCGUCUUCACAAAGAUAUCAACUGACCUGUACUCAGGGGCUCUGUUUAUUCAGGUGUGUUUGGGGUGGAACUUGUAUCUAUCAACCAUCCUCAUGCUGGUUGUCACUGCUCUCUACACAAUAGCAGGUGGCCUCGCUGCAGUCAUCUACACUGACACUCUACAGACCUUCAUCAUGAUCAUUGGUGCAAUCAUCCUCACCAUCACCGCCUUUAACAAGAUUGGUGGCUAUAGUAACCUGGAGGGGGUGUACAGCAUGGCGGUGCCCAGUAAGAUCAUUCCCAAUAGCACGUGUCACCUGCCCCGCCAAGAUGCCAUGCACCUGUUCAGAGACGCCACCACUGGAGACCUGCCCUGGCCUGGCAUGACCCUUGGACUCACCAUACUGGCCACCUGGUACUGGUGCACAGACCAGGUCAUUGUGCAACGGUCUCUAGCUGCUAAGAACAUGAGUCAUGUUAAAGGAGCCUCAAUCUUUGCUGCCUAUUUGAAGAUGCUGCCCUUUAUCUUCAUCAUCCUCCCUGGCAUGAUCAGUCGAGCCCUUUAUCCAGACUCUGUAGGUUGUGUAGAUCCUGAGGAGUGUGUGCGUGUGUGUGGAGCUGAGGUGGGAUGCUCCAACAUCGCCUUCCCCAAACUGGUCAUCGAACUCAUGCCAAGUGGUCUGCGAGGACUGAUGAUAGCGGUAAUGAUGGCAGCUCUGAUGUCAUCACUGACAUCCAUCUUCAACAGCAGCUCCACACUCUUCACCAUGGACAUCUGGAAAAAGUACCGCCCACGCGCUACUGAGAAGGAACUUCUACUGGUGGGCAGGAUUGUUACAGUGAUCUUGGUGGUGGUUAGUGUGGUAUGGAUCCCCAUCCUGCAGUCGGCAAACAGUGGCCAACUCUAUGUUUAUAUCCAGUCAGUGACCAGCUACUUGGCUCCACCUGUCACUGCAGUCUUUACACUCGCUGUCUUCUGGAAGAGGACCAAUGAGCAGGGAGCAUUCUGGGGUCUGAUGGUAGGGCUGGUGGUAGGCGUGUGUAGGAUGGUGCUGGAAUUUGCCUUCCCCCCUCCCAGAUGUGGUGUGGUGGACUCGGCGCCUGCUGUGCUGCGGAGCGUCCACUACCUCCAUUUUGCCAUUCUGCUCUGUGGCCUCACGGUCAUCGUGGUCGUCACGGUAUCUCUGCUCACGCCGCCACCCACCCAGGAACAGCUGUGCAACCUGACUUGGUGGACUCUGACGGAGGAGGUACAGAGAGAAAUCCCGCUGCAGAAAGUGUCUUCUGUCUGUCACCGUAGCCCCCAAGGCUCUGAGCCCAUGCGGCGGUUGACAUGCGGUAAGGGGGCAGGGCUGUGUAUCUCGACAGGACGGCACUCGGAGGACAACCCAUCCCCCAGGGUUCCCAGUGUUAGAGAGAGUUUGUUCUGGUCUAGGUUCUGCUGUGUCAACGCGCUCCUGCUGGUCAGCAUCAACAUCUUUCUCUAUGCAUACUUUGCCUGAGUGGCUCCAGUCUACCCGACACUGCUCUAUCACCCCAACCUUAACAUUAGCUAGAAACAACACUUACCUGCAACCAGUGGGGUAAUUUGACCUAUUAGAUGAAGAGGAGGAAAGAUUUUCUUCCAGAUUUAACUCUAAAUUCUUUAUUUUAUAACUGAAGCCUUUAGUUGAAGAAAUGUUCCAACACCAUUUUACCUUUAA